AUUACCCACCGUCCCGUGCGCGGUUGCCAUGGUGCUAGGCAACACUAAGAUAGGCUUUCCCCAGCUGUAAGGUUAUUCCCACACAGUUACGUGGCAACCCUCGAGAAAGCGUGUUGUGCCUAAAUCCGCGGGACAAUUCUACGAUUUCUAGGCUGAAUCUUGGCUCGAGCAGACCUUCAAGAUGACGAUGACAUCCAAGAGAGACCCUUACCCCUUCCCUAAGCUGGAAUGCGACGAUAAUUUUGUGGGAGCGAGGCAGAGCCAGAUGCCGCCGUACUCCGUGCCCGCCCACCUCGCCCAGUCCCAGGACCCCUGGAACAGACUCAACCACACCGCCACCCUGUCUAGCCAGCGCAGAGAGGCGCACUACUACGACCCACAGGCCCCCAGUGACAGCCUAGAUUUUGUGCUGAAGUCCACAUAUGACCAUCACGACCGCUUCUUGUACGACAAGCCAAGGACUCUAACACAACCAGAAACUGUGGGUCUACCACACGGCCGGAUCUUGAAAAAUCGCAUGAAGUAUGUACCACCCCCAUUUGACCCAAUGGACCCUCCCCUGAGGGUAUGUGAUGCAGACAAGAAGGAACCAGUCCACAGUAACAAGGGGGGAUGUUUUGUUGUCAAAAUGCCGGGUUUACUGAAGAACGGAGUGCUGACAGAUAGCGAGAUUGUAGUUGAAUCUGACCCGUUACUGAAGGACUACAAUGGUGACUACAACACCACGUACUCCAGUAUCAACCGCGCUGACAGCGGCCUACCGGCGAACCCAGCCGGACUUCAGCACGGCCGCAUAUACAAGAGGCGGUGGUACAUUCUGGGUCUCUUCUCGAUCCUGGCGGCCACACAGUGCAUGGUGUGGAACGUGUGGGGCCCGAUCUCCGACUCCGCCAAGUUCGUGUUCGGCUGGGAGGACAGCGACAUCGCCCUGCUCACCAACUGGGGACCGAUCGCCUACAUCCCGCUAGCCGUGCCUUUUUCAUGGCUCAUGGAUGUCAAAGGCCUGCGCAUCUCAGUGAUAGUGACAGCGUUCCUAGUGUUUGCUGGCACGGCUAUCAGAUGUGUCACCGCCUGGUACAUGGGAGCCGCCACAUGGUUGAUGAACAUAGGUCAGUGUCUGAACGGCAUGGCAGGUCCAGUCGCUAUGUCUGCUCCUGCCGUGCUGUCCGCCGCAUGGUUCCCGCACGAGCAGCGCGCCACGGCCACGGCCAUCGGCACCAUCCUCGGCUGUCUGGGCGGGGCGGGCAGCUUCAUCAUCGGGCCGCUCAUCGUCAGGUCACGGGCCGCCAACCACACUCACACCGGCCAUCACAACGUCAGCGGGUUUCUUCUCGAGGAGGGGAUCCGGUCGUCUAAAAACGAAACAGAAUGGAAGAUUGAAAGGGACGAGAUUAUGAUUCUAAUGUACGCAGAGUUUGCCCUCAGUGCGGCCAUCUUCCUGGCCACUAUAAUCUACUUCCCGGACAAGCCGCCGACCCCGCCCACCCUCACGGCCGCUACCGAACGACUGGACUUCAAGGCUGGCAUUAAACAGCUUCUCAAGAACGGGCGGUUUUGGCUGAUUUUCCUGGCGUAUGGCGCGGUGGAGGGGACGUACGGCUGCUGGGCAGGUAUCCUGGACGUCAACCUGUCACCACAGAACAUCACACAGAUGGAGGCAGGCUGGGUGGGCUUUUACGGCAGCAUAACAGGAGGAGUCAGUGGUAUCAUCAUCGGCAGGGUUGCUGACUUUAUGGGCGGGCACUACAAGCUGGCUGUCCUGGUGCUGACCGUGGUGCUGAUCGGCAGCACGCUGUGGUUCACCUUCAUGCUGUACAUCAGUAUUAUACCCUUCAACACAGUAUCUCUCUACGCGUCGUUCCUGCUGCUCCAAGUGUCAUUACUGGGCUGUGUGCCGCUAUUCUAUGAGCUGAGUGUGGAGGCCAGCUACCCCAUAGCGGAGGGGAUCACGUCAGGUGUGCUCACAUGGUCCAACAACCUCUUCGGUCUGCUCUUCCUACUGGCGUUCUACAUCCCAAAUAUAGGGACCAGUUGGAUGAACUGGACGGCGCUGGGUACCGGUGUGGCCGUGGUGCCGCUCAUGUUUACCGUUUUGUGUUCUGUUUCUGUAGGGACCAGUUGGAUGAACUGGACGGCGCUGGGUACCGGUGUGGCCGUGGUACCGCUCAUGCUACUGUUCCGGGAGAAGUACGGUCGGCUGUCGGUAGACACCGGGCAGGCACAGAACAAGGGCGUGUCAAGUUAGAUGUGACUGCUAUUUUCCACACCAACGUUAUGAGACUAAUUUUUACUAUAAAUAUUUCAAACUUGAUGACCUAAAUAUUUCAAACUGGACAACUCUCAUCCAAAGCCAAUAUCGACUGUAAAGUCAGCCAUGAAUGUAUCUUAUCUUAUUAAUGUAUCAAAUACUCGUAAUUAUCUGUAACAUGUUAAACAUGAUCAGUUAUCAGUUUUGAUGAAGCAUAUUGCUGCUAUGAAUGGUCAAUGAAAUAAAUAGUACAUUGUCGUCAUGGUGCCAAUAUUCUGGCCCAACCUUUUCCAAAGAUGUCAGUUCAUGAAUUAAUUCAGAUACCAACUCUUCUCCGUUUCCUUCCAAAUCAUCUCACGUUACGGGCGUAUGUGCAAUCGGCGGUGACAGGGUUUGAUACAUGUAUAUAUAUGUUAAAGCUUACGAAACCGGUA